AUGUAUAAAACAUGUAUUCGUUCAAUACUCAUAUUUUUACUACUUAUUUUAGUUAUUAAUAUAUUUAUUUAUUAUCAAAAAGAGUAUUCACAUCUGAUUGUAUUGCCACCAUUAAUAAAUCAUUUAUAUCCAAAUAAUUUUUCAUCAUUAUAUAAAAAGAUUGUAUUAUUAUCAUGUUCAUCAGAUUCUUAUACGGUUUUAUAUUGUUAUUAUUUACCAUAUGUAGCAUUGGCAUGGCGUCGUAUUGGUAUUGAACCAUUCAUAUUUCUUGUUGGUUCACAUAAACUAUUUGGAAAAAUGUCAUUAAUUAAUUUAUUAAAAAAUGAUUUAAAAAUUAAAUAUUAUUUUAUAAAUGUUGAUUCAUCACGUUCAAUAUCAACAAGUCAAAUCAUACGUUUAUUUGGUGGUUUUAUUUUAUAUGAAUAUAAUACUACUAAAGAUUUAUUUAUUUUAAUAGCUGAUGCAGAUUUAUUACCAAUUAGUAGACAUCGUUUUGAAAUUGAUACAAAUCAUACAAAUUAUAUUCUUGCUGUUAAUGCAUAUUGUUGUCCAAAGGAAAAGCUUUCAUAUGGAAAGUAUCAGAAUAUUCAUUAUUAUCCAAUGUCAUAUGUUGGAAUGAAAAAAUAUUUAUGGAAAAAAAUUUUUUUUCCAUCAAAUAGUUGUCAUAUAUCAUCAAAUAUAACAAUCGAUAUGAUUGAAUGUUGUUUAAAAGAAAAAAUGAAUAUAACUAUACCUAAAAAUGUUAUGAAAGGUACUAAACAAUGGGAUAUUGAUCAAAAAUUACUCAGUUUAUUAAUAGUUCAAGCCAAAGAUUUGUAUAACACAUGUGUUGAUGAACGUGAAUUAGGUUAUCGUUUAGAUCCUAAUGAAAAUUUUCUUUCAUCUGAAUUCAAUUCAAUAUAUCUAUAUGAUGAUAUUCAUUUACCUAAUAAUAAUGAACAUGCUGUAUUGAAUAAUCAAACAUGGUUUGGAUUAAGUAAAAUAUUUUCACAUUUAUUUCAUAAUGAAACUAUUCAAUUACUUUCACAUUAUCAUUAUCAAACAGUUGCUAGUAUUCUUGAUAAAAAUAGGACUACUACUAGGUCGCAUGUCCAUUAA